AUGGACAAGAUCGGGCAACAGGGGGAGGCCGGCGAAGACGACGACGACGCCCAGGCUGAGGGGCGGAAGAAGUGUAAGGGCCUGGUGGAAGGCGAUCGAGCUCUCAUCGAGCUCCACGGCGAGAAGACCAACUGGGAGGCCUUUAAGGACAAUGCGAUCGAUCUGGACAUCGUCAAGGACAACGAACUGCGCCACCCGACAAUGCUCGACGCGGACGGCGAAAAGCAUGGCAUUCACGAGACGUCGAUGGAGCUAGCCAUCUACUCGUACGGUCCCGGCUUCAUCAUGGCUGACGGCAAGGGACGUAUCGUCGGCCUCCUCACCGGCGGUGCCGGCCAGCCAGAUCCCCUCUUCGACUGA